GCUCUCGAUUGCUCCAUCGUCACACAUUUCGGCUUUCUUUACUCGAUUGGAAGAGUAAUCUGAGCGUGGGGCUGCGACCCGCGAGCACGAGCAGCUCACUUCGCAGCUAGCGGAACACCGCAUCUCCUUGACGAAUGCAAUGGCAGACACCCCAAUGUCUCCCCUCGGUGGCAGCUCCAAUGACGAUCUUCUCGCAGCUCUAGACGAAAUGCUGGCCUUCACACCAGAGACGACUUCAUCUCUAGCUCAACUACCGUUGGAUGCAAACUUCGUGGCAGACGCAUUCGAGCUGCCGGAAGUGCCGAGUCCUUACGAGCAGCCAGUGGAGGAGGAGGUAAAGAUAAAGACAGAGACGACUGCAGUUCCUGUAGUACCAACUCAACCACACGAAGAGCUGAAUGGACCCAGAGGAAAAGACGCGCGUGCGACGCCGUACCCGAAGGCGAAACCUCGUCGCCGCAAACGCCCGAAAGAUGAACUCGAUUAUCUCCGAGCAAAAGUGGCGGAUCUGGAGGAUGAGCUGACGAAUCUGAACCAAUCGGCAGGUAGAAUGUCUCCUGUCAGUGAUGACGACGAGGAAACGUUCGCUUGUUGGAAACAGGUUGCAGAGCGACAGAAAGAGGAGGCCAACAAGACUGUGGUCGAGAACCUCAAGCUACGCGCUAUGCUGAAGGGUCAAUUAGAGGUCGCACGUCGUCUCGAAGUGGCUAUCGCUCAGCAUCAGCAGACAGCCACAGAGCAGGCUUUCCCGUGGAACCCUAUCAAGACGGAGUUUACCGCAGACGCAGAGGCUGAAAGUGACUGUAGACGCCCACGCGCGCCAAGCGUCUCGGACGAACUGCUCUUCGCCGAGUUGAAUGGAACUCUCGAGGCACAGUACGCACAGGUUGACGCACUACUGGAAGCGAGUGGAAUUGCCGAUGCUAACCGCGAAAUGCUGGGCAACAUUCAGCUUAGACAGGACUCGAAUGGCAUCUCUUUCGCACACAAGGAUGUCCGUGUGCUGCCCUUCUCAAUGCACGCUGUGGCUCGCGUUAUGUGGUCGUUCCUCUUGUACGAGAGUAAAAAGUUGCCAGGGACUAUCCAGACUCGCGUGCUGAACAAUGACCACCUGAACGCCACGAUCGUCGAUACUCUACAACUCCCAAAGUCGCGCCACACUGAAGUCCGAACGCGAAUUGCAGUGCGUCGGUAUUUCGAAAGGAAGCGCAUUGUGGUUGUGUGGAGUGGGUGCGUGGAGAUUGCAGGCUCUGUAUUUGUGCGUCUUCGUGAAAAAGGAGUCAAUACUGUGUCGAACUUUGAUUUUCUCAGCGGUGGCAGUGGCAUCUCCCCUCAUGGCUGCAUCAUUCGCGCCGUGGUCGACGUCAAGCCGGAGACUGUGGAAUUUAGCACGGGAGUCGAUACCCAAGGUCAUAUAGGAGAAAUGACCGACCUCGUGCUCGGCACCUACCACCGCAACUUUGGAUUGAUCACUCAAGUGAUGGAGAACCUUCUGCUUAACGACCUCAUGGGAACCUCAGCUUCAUCUAGACAGGAAGACGUCGUCGCAUAG